AGAGAGAGAGAGAGAGAGAGAGAGAGAGAGAGAGAGAGAGAGAGAGAGAGAGAGAGAAAGAGAAAGAGAGAGAGCUGAGUCUGUACUGCACUGGCUUUCCUUCAACCACUCUGUUACUCUCUGAUCUGACACCACACAUUUAGAGAGGGACACACAGCAGCACAGAGAGAGAGAUAGAAAGACAGAGAGAUAGAGAGAGACAGACAGAGUUGCAGUGCUGAGGACUGAGAGGAACUGAGACAACUCAACUCCCUCUGCUCGUGCUUCCUUCCAUCCAAUGGAAGACUACCUAGACUGGAUCUACAUGGGGGUGAUGUCUGCGUUUGUUGGAGGGGCCAUGAAGAAGGUCCUGGCGUCGCACGUCAGCGUGGCCCCGACAGUGGUGGCCUGGCUGGGGGUCACCUUACUAGUGGAGAGGCUGUGGUUCUUCAGUGUGCCUGCUGUCCUGGUGUUGGCUGCCCUCUGCCUCGCCUGCUGCCUAUACUCUGUCAGGACAGCCCCAGCACCCACUCUGCCUGUCCAAGGCAAGGCUGUCUUCAUCACAGGAUGUGACACAGGCUUCGGGAAGGCUGCAGCGCGGCGUCUGGACGCCCAGGGUUUUGAGGUGUUUGCUACGGUGUUGGAUCUGUGUGGUGAGGGAGCCAGGGAGCUCCAGAAGACCUGCUCCCCUCGUCUCACCCUGCUACAGGUGGACAUCACCCAGCCACAGCAGGUCCAACAGGCUCUUCUAGACACCAAGGCCAAACUGGGCCUCAGAGGCCUGUGGGGUUUGGUGAAUAAUGCAGGAGUAUGUGUUAACUUCGGGGAUGCAGAGUUGUCUCUGAUGUCUAACUACCGUGGCUGUAUGGAGGUGAACUUCUUUGGGACUCUGAACGUCACCAAGACAUUCCUGCCUCUGCUGCGUCAGGCCAAGGGACGCAUCGUCACAAUCUCCAGCCCUGCAGGAGAGCAGCCGUUCCCCUGUCUAGCAGCGUACGGAGCCUCCAAGGCAGCUCUCAACCUGUUCAUCAACACACUGCGCCACGAAAUGGAACCCUGGGGGGUCAAAGUGUCCACCAUACUGCCAUCCUCAUACAAGACAGGUCAGUCCGGUAACCAGGAGUACUGGGAGAGUCAGUACAAGAGCCUGAUCCACAACCUGUCCGCAGGCCUGCUGGAGGAGUACGGGGAAGACUACACGCACGAGACCAAGGAGCUCUUCCAACAUUUCGCCCAGUCGGCUAACGAGGACCUGUCACCAGUCAUCAACACCAUCAGCGAGGCGCUGCUCUCCCCCCGGCCCUUGGUCCGAUACUACGCUGGGCCCGGCGUGGGCCUCAUGUACUUCGUUUAUAGUUAUUUCCCUCUGAGACUCUCAGACAAGUUCCUCCAGAGACUAUUUGUCCAGAAGAAGAUCAUCCCACGAGCGCUGAGGAAAGAGAACAACAACAACAACAACAACAUCAACAGCAACAACAACGUGGAGAAGAUAAAGAAGUAAAAUAAUGAGUUGUGUGUUUGUUUUUUAAGGUUAAAAAGUGGAAGCUGUAGGACCCACUUACGUCAGGUAAAACACGCUCAUCGUGUUGUUGUCUAUUUUGGUUUGAAUAUUGUGGUUUUUGCGUUGGUGUUCAUAUUGAAGGGCUCAUUAUAUUGGUGUUCACAUUGAAGGGCUCAUUAUAUUGGUGUUCAUAUUGAAGGGCUCAUUAUAUUGGUGUUCACAUUGAAGGGCUCAUUAUAUUGGUGUUCAUAUUGAAGGGCUCAUUAUAUUGGUGUUCAUAUUGAAGGGCUCAUUAUAUUGGUGUUCAUAUUGAAGGGCUCAUUAUAUUGGUGUUCAUAUUGAAGGGCUCAUUAUAUUGGUGUUCAUAUUGAAGGGCUCAUUAUAUUGGUGUUCAUAUUGAAGGGCUCAUUAUAUUGGUGUUCAUAUUGAAGGGCUCAUUAUAUUGGUGUUCAUAUUGAAGGGCUCAUUAUAUUGGUGUUCAUAUUGAAGGGGUCAUUGAAGAUGAGUAUUUGAGUGGCUUUCCCUCCCGGUAGACGGCAGACACCAACAUAGCUGGCACACAGAGACAAAUAUUUAGAGAGUUUGUCCCAACUUUUAGAACGGACGACAUGUUAGCACCUUAAUAUGCUGUAUGGUUUUGCUGGCACCAACACGGCUGGCACCAACACGGCUGGCACCAACACGAUGGCACCAACACGAUGGCACCAACUCGGUGGCACCAACACAAUGACACCAACACGGCUGGCACCAUCACGAUGGCACCAACACGGCUAGCACCAACACGGCUGGCACCAACACGAUGGCACCAACACGGUGGCACCAACACGGCUGGCACCAACACGGCUGGCACCAACACAAUGGCACCAACACGAAUGGCACCAACACGAUGGCACCAACAUGGCUGGCACCAACCCGGUGGCACCAACACGGUGGCACCAACACGAUGGCACCAACACGGCUGGCACCAACCCGAUGGCACCAACACGGCUGGCACCAACACGAUGGCACCAACACGAUGGCACCAACACGGCUGGCACCAACACGGUGGCACCAACACGAUGGCACCACACGAUGGCACCAACACGGUGGCACCAACACGAUGGCACCAACACGGCUGGCACCAACCCGAUGGCACCAACACGGCUGGCACCAACACGAUGGCACCAACACGAUGGCACCAACACGGCUGGCACCAACACGGUGGCAUCAACACGAUGGCACCAACACGAUGGCACCAACACGGCUGGCACCAACACGGCUGGCACCAACAGGGCUGGCACCACAGAGCUCUGUAAAUACACCAUUCUGUCACAUCCCCAUGGAGCACCUGAAUUCAAGGACCUUUAUAGAUGUUCAAUUAUAUUUGUUAUUUUUAAUUCGAACUGUUCGUCAUUGUUCGUUUCUUUGUAUUUUUCACUCCACUGAAUGUUCUUCUUCCAUCAGAGCCAUGCCAGUUUUAUUUCAUGAAUCACUGAAAACUGUGAAUUUUACAAUAACAAAUAUUCUUUAAAAUAUUGUUUAAAAAAAUGUAUUUUUUUUUUCACUCAUUGUUCACCUAACUUUGGUAAUAUUAAAAGAUGACUUUUUACAAA